UAGACAUAAAACAUGGUCGCAUUGAAAUUGGCACUUUUGGUGUGCUUGAUCGGCGCCGUAGCUGCUCAGCAGCAGCAGUGCAAGCGCGAGGAUGGCGACACUCUUCUCGAUACCAUUCCUUUCUUGAACAUCAUCGUUGCGGGACCGCCAAGAUUGAACAAAAACUACCCUGGCUACAAGAUCACUUGCGUCAAAUGCCAAUCGCUCCUCAACGGAGUCGGUGAGAUCCUCGGCCUCAGUGUCCUCGACGGUGGCUUUGGGUGCAACUUUGUCCUUGCCCAGAUCAACUUGACCAACUUGCUUGGAUCCUGCAAGGUUUACGGUGUCAAGGGUCAAGCCAACGACUGCAACGACUCCAGAAGGCGAAAGUAGAGAGAUUCAUGUAGAGAAGACUGACUAAUUUAGAUUAUCUUUUGUUCAAUGUUUUAUGAAAAAUAAAAGAAUAAAUUUCUAAUUACCGAUAAAA